AUGGCACACCCAUCGACGCCACAACCUCAUAUCUUUCAACCAACACCGAUACCUGCAACUUCGGGUCUUUUCAACAGCGUCGCUCCGAACUCCAGAACAGUAUCUGGUACCAACACACCCACCGGAUCCACCUACCUGAUGCCUACCAGCCCGGCCAAGAGCGCCCUGUCGUCCAAAGAUGGCUCGAAACCGAAAAUCGUCAAGACAACAGGCCAGAAGCCUGCUUGUCUAGUCAAUGCAUCCGUGACUUAUUGCGGUAACGAGCAGAUCUACGCCUUUGGUGGCUUCGACCAGUUCACAGACGAAGUGUACAAUCACGUGCUGAGGCUGAAUCUGAAGACGCUAAACUGGGCGCUAGUCGACAAUUAUGGAGAUAUUCCGGGCGUUCGCAUGGGCCAUUCAGCCUCGUUGUACCAGGGCGAUAAACUUCUUGUCUACGGCGGAGAGAACGAACAUCGAGAGUACUUGUCUGACGUUGUGAUUCUAAACCUCAAGGAUCACCACUGGACCCAACCAGAGGUUCAGGGGCCUAUUCCCAAGGGCCGUGCCCGUCACGCGGCGGUCGUCUACGAGGACAAAUUGUUCGUCAUUGGUGGUCUGACAGGAGAAGCUAAUUACAUUCUCGACGACAUCUGCUAUCUUGAUCUGAAAACAUGGACAUGGUCCAAGACGUGGAGUUUCGUUCAACGAUUUGAUCAUAGCGCUUGGAUCUGGGGUGGCCGAUUAUGGGUGUUGGGUGGCCUCGGGGCAGACAUGGAGCGUCCGUCCGAGAUAUGGUGGUUGGACCUGAAAGGAAGCCCUGCCCUCUCUGGCUCUGGAAAGCAAUAUUCAACCAUGGGGCGGAUACCAGGCUCUCGAUCGGAUCCAUUCUUGCAUCCCAACAGAGCCGACCGCGUUGAUACUUACACAGCCAACUCCGGCAGUGUUCAUAUCCGUUCGUCUCGUAGGGAGAAACCCACCGCCCCCGGGGCGAUAUCGUCUCUCAAAUUUGUAUCAGGGCCCCAUGUGCCACUGCAGUCAUCCGGAACCCACUUCCAUGUGUGCUCAUCGGGAACCUUAUUGGAUUUUGUCACACCAUCGUCCACGAUACGGCAUAGCGAGUGCAACUUAUCCUCUCUUGAGCUGGACUCACUGAGAUGGCAACGCCUUGUUGAAGGUCCAGAGCUAUUCCAACCAGGUUACAAAUGGCACUACUGCACCAUCAAUGAGGACGGCACCAAGGUUUGGCUCCUUGGAUCUGCGGCCGAAGACGCAUCUGCCACCGGUCAAGACCUUCAGCUGAGCGAGGUCCUGGCCGUCGACCUCAAGAGAUAUGGCCUAUUAGGCACGCAAGAGGGCAACCUUUCAUCCGAGCAAAAUCGGAUCCUUGCGUCUGAGCGUCCAACCGUCCACGCCAAUUCUCUGAGUGGCGGAACAGGCCUCGGCGCUGACUUCGCCGCCAUCUUCGACCAGCCACCAGAGACGAGUAUGAGUGAUUUCGUUGUCACAGCUAAUAUUGAGUCAGCCGACGACGAUGACGUCUCCGAGACCGGGUCUCAGGCCAGAUUCUCACUCAACUCGACUAGCAGUCAACUGCUCGUGUCUGACAACAGCAAUGUUUCUCACCCAAUAUAUGUCCACAAGAUGAUCCUUCAAGCGCGCUGGCCACACUUCAAGCGACUCUACGCGUCGAAAAUGAUCGAGUAUCAAACUUCACGCUUGCAUAUACCGGAGCCAUAUUCCGUGGUUCGGGCAUUCCUUUACUACCUGUACACAGACAGCAUCGCCCCACACGCCGAGUUUUGUCGAGACCUGACCGAUGUAGCCGGCAUGCUGGUCAUGGCCAACCUGUAUGAUAUGCCCAAAUUGCGUCUCUUGUGUGUGAACCGACUCUCACGCGAAAUCGACAUUGAAUACGCGGCCGUCAUUUGGGAACGCGCAGGACGCACCGAGGAAGAGUGGCUGAAGGCCCGAGCUGCCCGAUUCUGCUUGAUGAACUGGGGCCGCAUCGUCCGCACCGAGGGCUUCCGAAGUCUCAGCCGUCAGAGUUUGAUGGAACUAUGUGAAGUCGUCGACACCGAAGGCAGAGUCGUCGGUGGUGAAGAGCUCGACGACGUGUGCGUCGAUGGGUUUGGCGUCGGCGGUAGCUACCGACACCGGCGAAGAAGCCACCGUCCCAGCGAAACCGCCGAUGAGACGGAAGGAGACGACGAAGACGGGAUGGAUAUGAACUAG